AUGAUUGGGCUGUCUCUCCUGCUGCUGCUGCUGCUCUUCUGGCUCCUGCCUCCAACGUCUCCAACAUCUGCUAGGAGGAUGCAAACCAGAUGUGUUCUGCCAAAACAUUUCAGUAUUCAGAAAUAUUAUUACAGGCCUGGUGAUCUCAUUAUUGGUGGGAAUUUGCCCCUUGGCACCUAUUAUGGCGAUGCCAUCAAAGACUUUAAAAGAGAUCCAUUACGAUUUUCUUUUGGGCUUAUACCCACACCUAACAACUACCACCAGUUCCUGGCCUUGGUGUUUGCAAUGACAGAGAUCAACAAGGAUCUGGUUCUCCUCCCCAACAUCUCCCUGGGCUUCCACAUGUAUGACAAUAACCAGUGGGAAUGGAGUAUUUCUUUAAUCAGCCUCUUCCUGCUCUCCACACGUGACCGAAUGGUUCCAGGUUAUAAAUGUGACAGGCAGGACCCUCUGCUCUCUGUCGUUGGAGGUGACAAUGCCAAAUCCUCAAGGCUGAUGGCCUCCAUCUUCAGCCUCUUCAAGGUCCCACAGCUCAGUGUUGGCUUUGAGUCCACUUGCGUAGACAGAAGACUUUAUCCUUCCUUCUUCCGGAUUAAUCCCAAGGAAUCUAUUCAGUAUGUGGCUUUAGUGCAGCUGCUCCUGUAUUUCCAGUGGAACUGGGUUGGGCUUCUGGCCGCUGGAAGUGACAGUGGGGCACAUUUCAUCUCAACUCUGAGGCCAAUGCUGAAGGAGAAGGAGAUCUGCCUGGCCUUCAUUGAAACGGUGAAAGGUGAUUCUGUACAUCAUAUGGUCCAGGUACUUUUAUAUUCCAAAAUGUGGCUUAAAGCUGACAUCAUUGUUUUCUUUGGAGAGACUGGAACUGUUGCCGCUCUUCAGUCUGGUCUUUAUAUUUAUGUAAAUUAUGAAACUGGAUCACAUCGGAAUGUUUGGAUCCUAACUUCCUCUUGGAAACUUACUGUAAUGUAUCGUAUAGAUAUCUGGGAAGCCCUAAAGCCUUUGCAUGGGGCUUUGCAUGUUAGGGACCACACUGCUGAUAUCUCAGAAUUCAGCCACUUCCUCUUGUCUUUAGACCCUUUGAACCCACAAGGCGAUAUGUUUCUCCCGUUCUGGUGGGAACAGGUAUUUGGGUGCCGGUUCCGCAAACCAGGUAAAUUUCAUCCAGAGGGGAUGAAAAACUGUACAGGGAAGGAAAAAUUACAAGAUUUACCGACUUCCUUGUUUGAAAGAAGAAUGACUGGUGAAGGUUUCAACAUCUACAAUGCGGUUCAUGCUCUGGCACAUGCUUUACAUGCAAUGUAUGGAUCUGGAGGACGACCAGCCAUGAUGAGGCUUGGAAGGAGGAUCUCAAAUGUCCAGUCGUGGCAGAUUCUUCCUUAUUUGAGGAAUGUCAAGUUCAACAACAGUGCUGGAGAUGAAAUCUCCUUCUCAGAAAAUAGACUGAGAUCUGUUCGUUACGAUCUUCUCAACUGGGUUUUCCUCCCCAAUCGAUCAAUUGUCCUUGUGGAAGUCGGGCAAAUCGAUCCCUGGGCUCCCCCAGGUCAGGAUUUCACCAUUAACUCUGAUGAGAUCAUCUGGCCCACAAAGAGGAGAAGAGUUCCAGAGGGCGAAGAGAUCUGCUGCUAUCAGUGUGACCCUUGUCCAGAAGGAACCAUUUCUAAUCAGACAGAUGCAGCUCGCUGUGAUCCCUGCCCAGAAGACCAAUAUCCCAACAAGGACAAGGACCACUGCAUUGCCAAGAAGAUCCACUUCCUCUCCUAUCAAGACCCCCUGGGAUGCACUUUAGUUUCUCUCACUGUUUCUCUCUCUCUGAUCACGUUGGCAGUUCUGGCAAUUUUCCUUAAACAUCGUGACACACCAAUCGUCAAGGCCAACAACCAAGAUCUCACCUACCUCCUCCUGAUCUCCCUCCUCUUCUGCUUCCUCUGCUCCUUCCUCUUCAUUGGUCGACCCAGGAAGUUCACUUGUCUCUUUCGACAAACUGCCUUUGCCAUUCUCUUUGCCCUUGUAGUUUCCUCUGUCUUGGCAAAAACUGUCAUGGUGGUUCUGGCCUUCAUGGCCACCAAGCCAGGAAACAAGACAAGGAAACUCUUAGGAAAACCUCUGGCAAACUCCAUUGUUUUAGCCUGUCCCCUGAUACAAGCAAUUAUUUGUGCCACCUGGCUGAUAACCUCUCCCCCAUUUCCCAGCAUGGAUUUCCAUUCCUUGACUGGAGAGACUAUCUUGGAAUGUAAUGAAGGUUCAGCUUCGAUGUUUUAUGCUGUCCUCAGCUACCUGGGUUUCCUGGCCCUUGUGAGUUUCACAGUGGCUUUUCUGGCUAGGAAAUUGCCUGACAGCUUUAAUGAAGCCAAGUUCAUUACUUUUAGCAUGCUGGUCUUUUGCAGUGUUUGGAUCUCAUUCCUUCCCACUUACCUGAGCACCAAAGGGAAGUCCAUGGUGGCUGUGGAGAUCUUCUCCAUCUUGGCCUCUGGGGCUGGGCUCUUGGCUUGCAUCUUUUUCCCCAAAUGCUACAUCAUCCUAUUCAGGCCUGAUCUGAAUCAGAGAAAAAGUAUAAUGGGGCACAAGAAUCUCUGA